CCGCGGGGGGGGGGGUUGGAAAAAUGACUCAGUAAGUUCAGCGCGCCCGCUCCGGCCGGCCCUGCGCCUCCCGCCGCGCCCGGGAUGUAUUCGUCCCCGCUCUGCCUGACCCAGGAUGAGUUCCACCCGUUCAUCGAGGCGCUGUUGCCUCACGUCCGCGCCUUCGCCUACACCUGGUUCAACCUGCAGGCGCGGAAGCGCAAGUACUUCAAGAAGCACGAGAAGCGGAUGUCGAAGGACGAGGAGCGCGCGGUGAAGGACGAGCUGCUGGGCGAGAAGGCCGAGGUCAAGCAGAAAUGGGCGUCGCGGCUGCUGGCCAAGCUGCGCAAGGACAUCCGGCCCGAGUGCCGCGAGGACUUCGUGCUGGCCAUCACCGGCAAGAAGGCGCCGGGCUGCGUGCUCUCCAACCCCGACCAGAAGGGCAAGAUGCGCCGCAUCGACUGCCUGCGCCAGGCCGACAAGGUGUGGCGGCUGGACCUGGUCAUGGUCAUCCUCUUCAAGGGCAUCCCGCUGGAGAGCACCGACGGCGAGCGCCUGGUCAAGGCGGCGCAGUGCGGCCACCCGGUGCUCUGCGUGCAGCCGCACCACAUCGGCGUGGCGGUCAAGGAGCUCGACCUCUACCUGGCCUACUUCGUGCGCGAGCGAGAUGCAGAGCAAAGUGGCAGUCCCCGGGCGGGGAUGGGCUCCGACCAGGAGGACAGCAAGCCCAUCACACUGGACACCACCGACUUCCAGGAGAGCUUCGUCACCUCCGGUGUGUUCAGCGUCACUGAGCUCAUCCAAGUGUCCCGGACACCUGUGGUGACUGGAACAGGACCCAACUUCUCCCUGGGGGAGCUGCAGGGACACCUGGCAUAUGACCUAAAUCCAGCCAGCACCGGCAUGAGAAGAACGCUACCCAGCACAUCCUCCAGCGGGAGCAAGCGGCACAAAUCGGGCUCGAUGGAGGAAGACGUGGACACGAGCCCAGGCGGCGAUUACUACACCUCGCCCAGCUCUCCCACGAGUAGCAGCCGCAACUGGACGGAGGACAUGGAAGGAGGCAUCUCAUCCCCGGUGAAGAAAACAGAGAUGGACAAGUCCCCUUUCAACAGUCCGUCUCCCCAGGACUCGCCCCGCCUCUCCAGCUUCACGCAGCACCACCGGCCCGUCAUCGCCGUGCACAGUGGGAUCGCCCGGAGCCCUCACCCGUCCUCGGCCCUGCACUUCCCCACUACGUCCAUCCUGCCCCAGACGGCCUCCACCUACUUCCCGCACACGGCCAUCCGCUACCCACCUCACCUCAACCCCCAGGACCCGCUCAAAGAUCUUGUGUCGCUGGCCUGCGAUCCGGCCAGUCAGCAACCCGGACCGUUAAAUGGAAGUGGCCAGCUCAAAAUGUCCAGUCACUGCCUUUCUGCUCAGAUGCUGGCACCCCCGCCCCCCGGGCUGCCGCGGCUGGCGCUCCCCCCCGCCACCAAACCCACCUCCGAGGGAGGAAGCUCGUCGCCGACCUCGCCCUCCUACUCUACGCCCGGCACGUCCCCUGCAAACCGUUCCUUUGUGGGAUUAGGACCAAGGGAUCCAACGGGCAUUUAUCAGGCACAGUCCUGGUAUCUGGGAUAAGAAAGAUUUCUUCCCACGCCCUGCUCCUUCGUCCCGGGAAUCGCGGGGAGCCACACAGCCGGCCCCCGGCCCACGUUUUCGGUGGCGAGCUAGAGCAAGCAAGAACACCCCGCUGACUCCCAGCCCGGCCGAAAGACAAAACACACGACACAUAACACACAGGAGGAAAAGAAA